GCCAGGGGCUCCAGAGGCGGUACCUGCGGCAGAAAGACCCUAAUGAACUGAAGAUGAUUCUUCAAGAGCUGAAGUACAGAAUUGGAGUUCAGUCGGCCAAGUUACUCCGGCAGCUAAAGCAGAAAGAUCGGCUUCUACAUAAAGUGCAGAGGAACUGUGACAUUGUGACCGCCUGCUUGCAGGCGGUGUCGCCAAAGAGAAGAGUUGAUACAAAAUUGAAGUUCACACUUGAGCCAUCCUUAGGUCAAAAUGGAUUUCAGCAGUGGUAUGAUGCUCUCAAGGCAGUUGCCAGACUAUCAACAGGGAUACCAAAGGAAUGGAGGCGGAAGGUUUGGUUGACUUUGGCAGAUCAUUACUUGCACAGUAUUGCCAUUGACUGGGACAAAACUAUGCGUUUCACUUUCAAUGAAAGGAGUAAUCCUGAUGAUGAUUCCAUGGGAAUUCAGAUAGUCAAGGAUCUCCACCGUACGGGCUGUAGCUCCUACUGUGGCCAAGAGGCUGAGCAAGACAGAGUGGUUUUGAAGCGGGUGCUGCUGGCCUAUGCCCGAUGGAACAAGAAUGUUGGGUACUGUCAAGGCUUCAACAUCCUGGCUGCACUCAUUUUGGAAGUGAUGGAAGGCAAUGAAGGAGAUGCAUUGAAAAUUAUGAUUUACCUGAUUGAUAAGGUCCUUCCUGAAAGCUAUUUUGUUAAUAAUCUCCGGGCAUUGUCUGUGGAUAUGGCUGUCUUCAGGGACCUCUUGAAAUUGAAACUCCCGGAAUUAUCUCAGCACCUGGAUACUCUGCAGAGAACUGCAAACAAAGACAGUGCGGGCGGAUAUGAGCCCCCUCUUACGAACGUCUUCACCAUGCAGUGGUUUCUCACCCUCUUUGCCACGUGCCUCCCUAACCACACCGUUUUAAAGAUCUGGGAUUCAAUCUUCUUUGAAGGUUCGGAAAUCAUCCUAAGGGUAUCACUGGCUAUAUGGGCAAAAUUGGCAGAGCAGAUAGAAUGUUGUGAAACAGCCGAUGAGUUCUACAGCACCAUGGGACGCCUUACCCAGGAGAUGCUGGAGAAUGACCUUCUGCAAAGCCACGAACUCAUGCAGACUGUUUAUUCCAUGGCUCCCUUUCCUUUCCCACAACUGGCGGAGUUAAGGGAAAAGUAUACCUACAACAUCACACCUUUCCCAGCCACAGUUAAACCUGCCUCCCUUCCUGGGCGACAUGGCAAGAGCAGAGACAGUGAUGAGGAGAAUGAUCUCGAUGAUGAAGAUGCCAUUGCGAAUGCUGUGGGGUGUCUUGGGCCUUUCAGUGGAAUCCUGGCACCAGAAUUGCAGAAGUAUCAAAAGCAGAUUAAAGAGCCAAACGAGGAACAGAACUUGAGAUCUAACAACAUUGCAGAGCUGAGUCCAGGGGCAAUCAAUUCGUGCCGCAGUGAUUACCACGCUGCAUUCAACAGUAUGAUGAUGGAACGUAUGACCACAGAUAUCAAUGCCCUGAAGCGGCAGUACUCUCGAAUUAAAAAGAAGCAACAGCAGCAGGUCCAUCAGGUGUACAUCAGGGCAGGCUUUAAAGAAGAAAAAGAUGAUGGGUUCUUUUUAGUUCCAAAGGCACAGGCAGUAGAUGACAAAGGGCCAGUGACCAGCAUUCUUCCAUCUCAGGUAAACAGUUCUCCAGUUAUAAACCACCUUCUUUUAGGGAAGAAGAUGAAAAUGACAAAUAGAGCUGCCAAGAAUGCCGUCAUCCAUAUCCCUGGCCACGCAGGAGGUAAACUAUCUCCUGUCCCUUACGAAGACCUUAAAACAAAGCUCAACUCUCCCUGGCGGACUCACAUUCGAGUCCACAAAAAGAACAUGCCUAGGACCAAGAGUCACCUGGGCUGUGGGGACACCAUAGGGCUGAUAGAAGAGCAAAAUGAGGGCUGUAAGACUAACACCCUGGGGGCAGUGGAAGAGUUUUCCACCAGUUGUACAACAACGACUCUCAGAAAAGACAGCAGCUCUGCUAGAGGCACCCUGCGGACAAUUGAAGGGCAUUCUCCAGAGCCAGCAUUUAGGGAUGGUGAGGUGGAUGUGGCUGCUGUUCAGGUGAAGCUAGAAGCCUUGGAACUGAACCCAGACAACACUGCUGAAACUGAGCCCAAGGUGAGACAUGGCCCAGAGCCACCUGAUACCACGCCUGGAGAGCACAAAGCCACCAGCAAACUGCCCCAAGGAAGCCACUCCAAAACCCCCAUCUUUAGUCCUUUUCCGAGUGUCAAGCCUCUGCGGAAAUCAGCCACUGCCAGGAAUUUGGGGUUAUAUGGUCCUACAGAAAGAACCCCAACUGUGCAUUUCCCUCAGAUGAGUAGGAGCUUCAGCAAAUCCAGCCGCGGAAACAGUAGCACUAAGAAACGGUGAUGUCUCCCAGUGACUGGCAUCUAGACUCCGCUUGGCAUGGUGGCAUUCAUGUCCCAGCGGCGUCCUUCCACUCUUGCCCAUCCAGUGACGACCAAUAGAAUUUUAGCCAGAGCUUCAGCAGCCCAUCAAAAUGGGAACUGAAGUUCUGCGAUGGGAGCUGGAGUCAGGAAGCUCCCUUCUACUGUGGGUCACAGAUAAAGCGGAUUCUUGUGGCAAAAUAAAUCUUGUGGUUUUCAAGUGUGACGUUUUCCCCAGCUUUCCUUGUGAACUGUUUAGAAAAGACUAUUUUUGUGGCAGUAUCCCCAAACCUUCCAGUUCUCUGGAUGUUACUAAUACUCAAGCAUGCACACACCAGCUUUUCAGAACAGAAACUAUAAAGAAAAAAGGAAGAAAAAAGAAAUUUUCUUAGUUGCAAAAAACAAAACAAAACCCAAAACUUUCCUGAUACCUGAUAUUCCUCUUCUUGUUCUUUUUUGGGGAGAAUACUUAUGUGUGUGCAUUUCCCCUCAGUACUCUUGUU